UUCCCGGCUGAGAGAAAGCCCGAAGGGUGCGGUCACCAGAGCACGCAGGUCCCACACAAGGCUUUGGUGGAGGCUGCCCAGUGGAUGUCUCCUCAGUGGAAGGGAGAAGGUCCUCCCUCCGUGAGCGCUCGGACUCCCCUGCGCAGUGCCCGAGAGGUGGGCCCGUCACUGACCCUUCUCAGCCCACGGUGCCACCCUGCGGACCCUAGGCCCCAGGGCGUCAGUGCUAGGGCCACUUCGAGCGAGGGCAACGAAGUGGACUCUCAUGUCUCCUUUCCUGCCUUCUCUCACCCUCAUGUCUUGAAAUGUCUCAUCUCUAUCCUGACUUUGUCACUCCCACAAGAGAGCCAUUUUAAGGGCCAUUUCCAAGCCCUUUUCCCUGUCCCAAACCCGCAGCUCUCAACCGUCCCCAGCUUCCUGGCAAGGCUGCCUCGACGGCUCCGGUUCACCCUCCGGCUCCGCUGGGCUGGAGGGUGACAACGGCGAAAAGGAGGGCGACUCUCUCCGCGGUGGGGCUUCGGGUGACAUCACAUCCUCCGAACGCGAAAUCGGCCUCGGCGGCCAGUCGAAGGGCGCAACUUCCCCCCUCGGCGUCCCACCGGCUCCUGCGCGCCUCCGAGCUCCGAGCUUCGAGCCGAAGCGCACGGCGGGGAGCGCGCCAUGGCCUCGCCCGUGACCGCCCUGCUGCUGCCGCUGGCCUGGCUGCUGAAUACCGACACCGCCCUCGGGUCUCACUUGUUCCGGAUGUCGCCAGAGAAGGUGCAGGCUCACCUGGGCGAGCAGGUGAAGCUGGACUGCGAGGUGCUGCAGCCCGGCCAGACUUCGGGCUGCUCCUGGCUCUACCAGAAGCCCGAGGCCGCCUCCGGACCCACAUUCCUGGCGUACAUCUCCAGCAGCCGGUCCAAGAUGGCCGAGGGGCUGAACACCAACUACAUCUCCGCCAAGAAGACCAGGGACUCCAACUUCCAGCUCACGCUGCACCGCUUCCGCGAGAAGGACCAAGGCUACUAUUUCUGCUCGGUCUUCAUCAACUCGGUUAUGCACUUCAGCAAACUCGUGCAAGUCUUCUUGCCAGCGAAGCCCACCACCACGACAGUGGCGACGCCGCCACCCAAGCGGGCGCCCACCAACGCGUCGCUGCCCGUGACUCCGCGCCCAGAAGCAUGCCGGCCCUCGGCGGGCAGCAAAGAUACAAGUGGCAUGGACUUCGCCUGUGAUCUCUACAUCUGGGCGCCCCUGGCUGGGACCUGCGCCAUCCUCCUUCUGUCACUAGUCAUCACCGUCAUCUGCAACCGCAGGAACCGAAGACGUGUCUGCAAAUGUCCCAGGCCGGUGGCCAGACAGGGAGGCAAGCCCAGCCCUUCAGAGAGAUACAUCUAACAGGGUGAUGGGCCCCGUGCGACAGCCACUACAGGACAUCAAACAGAGAACUCGCCCAAUGAAGAGAGUGAGAGUCCUUCCUUUUUGUUUUUUUCCAGCGUCCUUAUGUAUUCACUCCUAUUCUUGUUAUUUUCAUGGGGGAUGGGGUGGGAACGGUUACUUUUUCUUUAUGUGUUUGCUUUAAUUGAUGCAAAACGAGACUGUGUAACAUCGACGGUUCACCGCAAGGGUUCCAGUACCCCUGUGCUCACGUACUGGGGGAGGGAGGGAGCCAGAGCUACCGCAAGCUGCCUUCUCAGCACCAGGCUGUUAGAGCUGGCAGGGCCUCGGCACCCACUCAGCUCAAUUUUACCCCAUCUUACAAAGCCCAGAGGUGGGGAGCAGCUGGAUCAGAGGCCCAGCAGAGGCUCAGGGCUUGUCCUCCACAAUAUAUAGUUCUUUUCUUCUGGAGGCCUCUGUCUUCACGCAUGGAAGCCUGUGUCUUAAACCUCAAAGGAACAAGUUAUUUCUUGAGCACCUAUGAUAGACCCAUCACUGCGCCCCGAGCCCCGACAAGGUAAUGAAAUAAAAUUAGAAAACUUUACCGAGUUGUAUGAUGUAGUUAAACAGGAUCAGACUUGUUUUUAAUAACCAAGCGUGAAAUUAUACAGAUGAUAGGAAUUCCUCAAAUAAAGUGGAAGGGGUGACCUGAAUCCUGAAAAAUGAACAACUUGACCUCUAAAGGAAAGCUCUGUGAGAUCCCCAGGUAGAGGCAAAACAGCCCUCCCAGCCCAUGUGUUGCAGACAGACCCAUGAAAGAGGAGAGGCCGCCCUUUGCAAACGUGAUUUGAGCAUCGGGAAAGCUGAAGGGAGGUCAGCCCUCUCUGAAUUUGAGAUUCCGUAUUGGUACGUGCUCCUGGGAUCCUCGAUGACUUUUUGCUGGUUGUGAAGGCGGAACUGUGAGAGAGCACCCGGCACAGGUCCUAGCCUCCCCUGGACCAGCAGGGAUGGGGAUGUGGGGAUGGAGCAGGAGAGACCCUGGGGAGGGGGCUGAACCCAGACUGCUGGCCCACACAUGCGCUUCCUCUCUUAAUGGGCUUGUGCUAAUGUGACCUGCUCAUUGCAGGAAAAAACUUAGAUAAGGUAAUAAUAAAAGGUAAUAAAAGUCACCCACAAUUCUUAACCUCAAGUAUCACUGUUAAUAUUAUGAUGUCCAUUCUUUCUGAUUAUUUUCUAUGCACAUAUACAUGAUACAUACUUUAAAAAGUGGGAUGGCACUAUGCUUUUAUAAGUGGCUUUAAUAAACAUUUACGGCAUACUUUUUUAA